AUGGGUGGACAAUGGCAAGCAUUUCAAAACUAUUUACUUAGAGGUGCUGAAGAGGAAGAACAUAAGAUGGACCAAGGCAUUUUUUCAACAGGAAAGCAGGUUCAAGGAAAAAGAAGACCGAAUAGAGCCGGUGAAGACCCUUUAGUUUCUGGUGGACGAGAAAUGGGUCAAUACAAAGAAAGGAAUACAACUAACAUGCAUGAAAGUGGAGGUCGCAUGCUUAAAGCACCAUCAAAUGAUCAUUCUUUGAUUUCGAAAAAUGGUGAUCAUUCGGUUGAUGGCAGGAUUCUCAUUGAUGGUUUACAUUAUAUGGAAGCAGAUGGCAGGAGGGUAUAUAGGAGUUCUAUGAAUGAUGACUUUAUAGUAGAUAAACAAAAGAAUCAGUCGGAUUUUAUGAAUUCACACUUGGAUCCGUUGGCUGUUAAUGGGUUCGAACGUUCAUUGAAUAAGACAGAUGAUGACUCCUACAUAGUUCCUUUCAGGUCAACCUCAGUCACUCAAGUUGAAACUGAUAAUCGCAAUGCUAUCAAUAUGGAUUCUGAGUUCUCGUUGUCACUUCAGAAAGCAGGAACUACAUCUAACAGGGUCGGAAGUCAUGUCAAUUAUGAAACAAAAGAUUUAACUUUGAUGCCUCAGCGAGGAACAGAAAUGGGGUCGAUUGGUUAUGAUCCUGCUUUGGACUAUGAAAUGCAAGCUCGCGCUGUAAAUGGUACUUCAUUGGAUAAGCAAAAUAAAGAGGGCAUGAAGGGGUCUAAAAAGCCGGACAUCCGAAAACCGAAACUUAUUGCUGAUCCUUUGGAUAAAAAGAAGACCGUAGGGCCGAUAAGGAAAGAAAAGCCUUCAAAAAUGAGUCCUUUAGAUGAAGCGAAAGCCCGGGCUGAAAGGCUAAGAAACUAUAAGGCUGAUCUUCAGAAAAUGAAGAAGGAGAAACAAGAGGCGGAGAUUAGACGACUCGAAGCAUUGAAGAUGGAAAGACAAAAGAGAAUUGCUGCUAGAAGCAGUUCCUCUAUUCCUGCUCAGUCGUCUAUGGCUGCACAAAGCAGAAAACAGAUGCCGUUGAAACUUUCCCCGAGCUCUCAUAAGGGAUCAAAGUUUACUGAUGCUGAGCCUGGAUUGUCAUCGCCACUACAAAGAUCCAUCCGGACUCCUCCUGUGGGAUCACCUGCUUCUCUUAAGACCCCCAAACCGAGCAAAUUGAACACCGGAACCAACUCCAGAGCAAAUAAAGUAAGCAAGUCAGCUCCAUCACUGCCCGUACUGAAGAAAGACACCAGCAGUGUAACGCCCGAUGCAAAGGCAACUAUGGCAAGGAUUAGGAGAUUAUCAGAGCCGAAGAUAAAUGGCAGUACACGUGUUCCUUCAGUGAAGCCAGGGAACUCGGAGCCAUCAUCCAAAAAAGUAUUUCGAAGGCCUGAAAGCAGAAAAAUAUCAGCAAUUGUGAACUAUGAUAACAAGCUCAAAAUUAAGAUAACUAAAGCCCCCGAUAUUACCCCCAGCAAGUCCAGAGGAAAUGAAAUGACUCAGAAGGUGAAUGGAAGUAUUUCUUCUACCAUUGAUGUUAAAAACCCAGACAAAGUUUCAUACGACGUCAACAGGGAUGAUGGAACAGUGAUUGAGAAAACCAUUGUGAUGCUUGAACGUGAGAAGCCCUCUGUUCCAACAAUAAACUCAUCAGAAGGAACUGCAACAGUACAGAAGGGAUAUGAUGGCUUUAAUAAAAUAGGGAGGAAAACCGAGAAGAUGGUUUCGGAUUAUGCUGCCCCUCGUGCUCCGGUUUCAUCUGUUGACACACUUGAUAAAAUACACUGGAUACAACAAAGAUCACUAGCUUAUGAGGUUCAAAAGGUUAAUGCGAGUAACACCAAGAAGGAAUUAUCGAAAGUUACAAGUUCCAGUGUUACCGGGAAACCUGAUGAAGGCCCAUUUGCUCGGGUCUCUUCUUCGGAACCUCCACAAAGUGAAGUUCCGGAGAACAGUAGAGCAUCUCCAACAAGAUUGCAGGCUACAGUGACAGAGUCCGAGAGUGUUAGAGCUCGUGUAGCUGAUUCUAAGAACUUGAAACUAGAAAUUAUUCCUGAAGUGUCGGAUAAGCUUCAGGUAAAGGAGUCAUCCAAAGGGUUUUGGCGUCUGUUAAAGUUCGGAAAAAAGAAUCAUAGCUCAGCGACAAGCGAACCUUGUAUCAAAUCAGAUGGUGUCAUUAUUAACGGUUCUCUGGCUGAUGAGUUGGUUGCGAACCACGGCUCAUCUAGUAAAGUUCGUACAUUGAAGAAUCUUCUCUCUCAGGAUGAAAAUCCAACAGCCAGCAUUACUCCGAAAAAAGUCUGCUCUGUCGUUUUCUCUAUUGUCACCAUUCAAAAGCAAGACCAGUGAGAAUAAGUUGACGGCUUAAAGAUGAAGUGUCUCAGUUGUCUCCAUUUAAAUGGAUUUCCUUUUUAAUUUAUACUGAAAAAAGGUU